AUGUCCUUUUUGUUUGGAAGAUUCCAGGCACCUGAAAAGAAUGAAAAAACGGACAAGGUAGAUCAAGAGUUGAACGAGCAAGAGCAGCAAGAGCAGCAAGAGCAGCAACAACAACAGCAACAGCAACAACAGAAAAUUCAAGAGGAAAAACCUUGCGAUUUAGAAAACAAGCCAAUUCGAAAGCGAACAACUUUUCUUAAAAAUCUAAUGGGCAAUUCAAGUAGAAACAAUUCCUCAUCUUCAUUGCUUUCAACAACCUCUAGCUCAUCUGAUCAAGUGAACACACUACCCCCCUUGCAGCCACUAACACUAUCGGGCUACAAAAUCAACACCAAGCACAAAUUACUACUUGAUCUCGAGCUAGCAAGCAACAUUCGAAACUUGCUACCAGCAAGACUUCAGUUAUUUGAUACGUGGGAACUAGUGUACUCCUUGAGUCAGCACGGAAUGUCCUUGAACACCUUGUAUCGAAAUUCAAGGCCCGAGCACCAAUUGCAAGAGAUGAAGAAACGGAAAAAAGCGGAAAAGGGGUAUGCAGAAGCGGUGGUGACAAGGAUGAUUUCUUCUGACCCAAGCAACUCGGGGUUCACCAUAGAGCAAAAGCGACCGCACGGGUAUAUUCUCGUGAUUAAAGAUGAGAAGAAUUGUAAAUUUGGAGCGUAUCUAAAUGAGUAUUUGAAACCAGUAGAACAUAAAAGGUAUUAUGGCAAUGGAGAGUGCUUCUUGUGGAAAGUCGAAAAGUACGACCCAUCGAAAUUGAACUAUAACAAAGAUUCGGAAUCAUCGAAAUUGAACUAUAACAAAGAUUCAGCAUCAUCGUCAUCGUCAUCCAACUCGCGAACAGCUACUCGAUUCAAAGCGUUUUUGUAUACUGGCAUCAAUGAUAAUAUCAUAUACUCGAAUCGUGAUUUUAUUGCCAUUGGCUCUUCUCAUGGAGAGAACGGACUAUAUAUUGACCAGUCUUUAUCUAAAGGUGUAAGUUAUCCGUGUGAAACUUUUGGAAACGAAGUCUUAAAUCUGAAGGGGCUCGAGGGGGCAAAAUAUGGAACUUUUAAAAUUAUGGGGCUAGAGAUCUGGAGAGUAGGAUCCUUGGAGUAA